ACUGUCACUGCUGCCGCUGCUGCCACCACCGCUGCUGCCACCGCCACCGCUGGUCCUGCUUUUGCUUUUACUUCUUCUGCAUGACAGUUGUUUUCUUCAUCUCAGCAGACAGCAGCUUCAGAUGCUUGAGGUGAGAAACCUGCCUUUCAGUUUGGGCUACUGGUUCACUUAAUCGAACAACCAUCAGCUCGUUUUCUAUUUUGGUCGCUGUUCUCUUGACAAGCCGGGAUGGUGUGAAGAAGCGUUUAAAGGAACUAGCAAAGUGGCCCAGAAACAGCAGCUGAAGAAUCACAAUAUACUUUUGUUUUGUAGUUGUUAGAAGCUUUUUUUCCCCUUCCUUCUUCCUGAACUCCUCUCGCUUUUGAUAAUGGCCUUGGACUUGGACUGCUUAUCGAUUUCCCCUUAUAAGAUGCUGUCUCAUUUGGUUGGGGGGGCCUCUGCAUGGUAAUGGACCCUGAGAGAGGCCAGGCCUUCUGGAGGUGAGCCGAUGGAGAUUUAUUCCCCAGACAUGUCUGAGGAAGCUGCUGAGAGGUCCUCCAGCCCCUCCACUCAGCUGAGUCCAGACCCAUCUGUUGACGGGCUUCCGGCAGCAGAAGACAUGCCAGAGACCCAGACUGAAGACGGGAGAACCCCCAGACUCGUGGGCCUGGCAGUUCCCUGCUGCGUGUGCCUGGAAGCGGAGCGUCUGAGAGGUUGCCUCAACUCAGAGAAAAUCUGCAUUGUCCCCAUUCUGGCUUGCCUCGUCAGCCUCUGCCUCUGCAUUGCUGGCCUCAAGUGGGUAUUUGUGGACAAGAUAUUUGAGUAUGACUCUCCUACUCACCUUGACCCUGGGGGGUUAGGCCAGGACCCUAUUAUUUCUCUGGAUCCAACUGCUGCCUCAGCUGUGUGGGUAUCAUCUGAGGCAUACACUUCACCUGUCCCUAGGGCUCAAUCUGAAACUGAGGUUCAAGUUACAGUACGAGGUACCAGUGCUGCUGUAUCUUCUGAACCUUCAGCUGCACCAACCCCGAAGAAUCGUAUUUUUGCUUUUUCUUUCCUGCCGUCCACUGCACCAUCCUUCCCUCCACCUACUCGGAACCCGGAGGUGAGAACACCCAAGUCAGCAGUUCAGCCACAAACAACAGAAACUAAUCUCCAAACUGCACCUAAACUUUCUACAUCUACAUCUACGACUGGGACGAGCCAUCUUGUAAAAUGCGCAGAGAAGGAGAAAACGUUCUGUGUGAACGGAGGCGAGUGCUUCAUGGUGAAAGACCUCUCAAACCCCUCAAGAUACUUGUGCAAGUGCCCAAAUGAGUUUACUGGUGAUCGCUGCCAAAACUACGUAAUGGCCAGCUUCUACAAGCAUCUUGGGAUUGAAUUUAUGGAAGCUGAGGAGCUUUACCAGAAGAGAGUGCUGACCAUCACCGGCAUCUGCAUCGCUCUGCUUGUGGUUGGCAUCAUGUGUGUGGUGGCCUACUGCAAAACCAAGAAACAGCGGAAAAAGCUUCAUGACCGGCUUCGGCAGAGUCUUCGGUCUGAGCGAAACAACAUGGUGAACAUGGCAAAUGGGCCUCACCAUCCUAACCCACCUCCCGAGAACGUUCAGCUGGUGAAUCAGUACGUGUCUAAAAAUGUCAUCUCCAGCGAGCAUAUUGUUGAGAGAGAAGCAGAGACGUCUUUUUCCACCAGCCACUACACCUCGACAGCUCACCAUUCCACUACGGUCACCCAGACUCCUAGUCACAGCUGGAGCAAUGGACACACUGAGAGCAUUAUUUCGGAAAGUCACUCUGUACUCAUGAUGUCAUCGGUAGAAAACAGUAGGCACAGCAGCCCAACUGGGGGCCCAAGAGGACGUCUCAAUGGCGUGGGAGGCCCUCGAGAGUAUAACAGCUUCCUCAGGCAUGCCAGAGAAACCCCUGACUCCUACCGAGACUCUCCUCAUAGUGAAAGGUAUGUGUCAGCAAUGACCACCCCGGCUCGUAUGUCACCUGUAGAUUUCCACACGCCAAGCUCCCCCAAAUCACCCCCUUCGGAAAUGUCUCCACCUGUGUCCAGCAUGACGGUCUCCAUGCCCUCCAUGCCUGUCAGCCCCUUCAUGGAAGAAGAGAGACCCUUACUGCUGGUGACACCACCACGGCUUCGGGAGAAGAAGCAUGACCACCACCCUCAACAAUUCAACUCCUUCCACCACAACCCUGCACGUGAGAGUAACAGCCUCCCCCCUAGCCCCUUGAGGAUAGUGGAGGAUGAAGAGUAUGAAACGACCCAAGAGUACGAGCCAGCUCAAGAGCCUGUUAAGAAACUCGCCAAUAGCCGGCGGGCCAAAAGAACCAAGCCCAAUGGCCACAUUGCCAACAGGUUGGAAAUGGACAGCGACAGAAACUCUGAGAGCAGUAACUCUGAGAGUGAAACAGAAGAUGAAAGAGUAGGUGAAGAUACACCUUUCCUGGGCAUACAGAACCCCCUGGCAGCUAGUCUCGAGGCAGCCCCUGCCUUCCGCCUGGCUGAGUGCAGGACUAACCCAGCGGGCCGCUUCUCUACACAGGAAGAAUUGCAGGCCAGGCUGUCUAGUGUCAUUGCUAACCAAGACCCUAUUGCUGUAUAA